CACAACUUUGUUUUAAUGAAAACAACCCAACUGUCUGCGUCGUUUGUUAAAUGUGUCAACAAGUCUACACAAAGAGAGGAAAUACAAUAACUCUUUAAUUAAAAACAUAGACUCAAGAAAAGAAUCUGAAAUCUAUCAAGAAAUUUAGGUCAGCAAGUGGAAGAGGACUCAGUUCAUCUUUUUUAAAUUAAUCAGAAGAUUGCUGCCACACUAAAAAUAGAAAUAGGAUCAUACACAAAUAAUGUAGACAAUAAAUGCAGUCCUCUCCCUUUCACAAAGAAAAAAACAGACUUCGGACAUUUGCAAACUAUCCAUAUUCAGCGAUCAAAUCGGCUUUGGUUCUAGCCCAAUCUGGUUUUGUUUAUACCGGAAACGGUCAAGAGGUCACGUGUGUAUUUUGUCAAGCUGUGAAAAAAUCAUGGCGGUGUGACGAAGAUGUGGAAGAAGUUCACCGGACUCUAUCCCCUAGUUGCCCUCUUGUGACUGGACAGCAUUGUGGAAAUAUUCCCCUGACCCGAACGAGUUCUACAAGUUUUUCAGAAAUUCUUAAUGAGCAGCUUCGCUCAUCCCAAGAUCAUCAAGUUUCAGCUAAUACUAACUUAUCACAGCAAAUAGAGACCCAUUCUGGAGCUGCAAGAUUAGGAAAUAGGGAAUCAAGCACAUCAACAGGCGUCCAGAAUAUACAAGAACCCAAUGGGGGUUUUACUGCAAAUCAAGAUAUCACUUCAAAUUCAAUCAAUGUUGUAGACGAAACUUCCAAUGGCACAGUACAAAACCAAGUAGGUCCUAACCAAGAAGUGUCUGCAGCUCCCACAUUUAACGCUGUAUCACAAAGCAACUCUGCAAGACAAACGGUAGAAGCUUCCCCUCAUCAACAUGAUCGAAAUCAACAUACUAACUCAAACGCUAACGGACCGACAUACUCUGAGCUCGGAAUAAUUACAGACAGACCGAAACGUGUUGAAUACGCCCUGAAGUCUGAAAGAUUAAAGACCUAUUCUACCUGGCCAAGAGGACAUCGUCUGCAACCUUCAGACCUUGCUGAUGCUGGUUUCUAUUUUGCAGGUUACGGAGACUGUGCCCGAUGCUUCUACUGUGGUGGAGGUUUAAGGAACUGGGACGAUGAAGAUGAUGUCUGGGUGGAGCAUGCCAGGUGGUUCCCCAAGUGUUCUUUCAUACGUCAGCGAAUGGGACAAGUCUUUGUGGACACUGUCCAGGAAAUGCAUAAAACAUUUGACAAGGUAGUGUUCUUAAAUAUAGGGCCUAUUGAUCUAUACCAGCGAAUAUUCUUUAAUUCUAUAAAGCAAGUAUCAUUUGAUGCAGUCACAAACAAGAUGGGAAUCGAAAGAUUGGCAGCUUAUCCAUUAGAUCGGGGAGAAGAGACGUUAAGACGAGACCCUGCAGUGAGAGCUGUCUCCGAGCUUGGAAUUCCUCAAAACUUUGUCAUUGAAAUGGCCAAAUGCAUUAAAGCUGAAGAUUCAAAUUUAUCUGCUGAUAAAAUUUUGGCAAAGAUAAAUGCAGAAAAAAAGGAAGUAGCUGAAAGCCCUGUUGAGAAUAGACUUCAGAAUGUGUCUCCUGCGUUUGCCAAUGAAAUAGAGAUUAUUAGGAGACUAAAAGAAAACAACAACAUAUUACGUCAGCAGACCACGUGUAAGAUAUGUAUGGACAGAGAGGUGGACAUCGUCUUCCUGCCUUGUGGUCAUCUGGUGUCCUGCACUGAGUGUGCUGUGGCCAUGAAGGACUGCCCAGUGUGUCGAGCACAUGUUAAAGGGACAGUCCGAGCUUUCAUGAGUUGAGCGACACAAUGAAUGGAAUGAAUAGAGCAAUCAGGAGAUGUGUCGAGUGUCUUCCUUUUACAGUAGAAUGUUUCGUUUCAACUUUGUAUCCAGCCAACAUGUAGAUACCAUAACCUUGCGUCUUAUUUAUCUAAAUACAUCGCCUAUUGUCAUUUCAGCUCUUUAGUAUGUAGAGUUAAUCAAUAAGAAUAAUAUUCAUCAGGCCGUUAAAAAAGGGGACUUUCAAAAUAUAAAAGUAGGGUCUAAAAUUUGAUGAAAACGAUUUUUUGAAAGUCAUUUUUGUUGUUGUUGUUGUUUUUUCUUUUGCUUCAUUAUAAAGAACUCCAUUAAAUAAAAUGUUACAGUAAACCACUUUAUAUGGAUGAAUGUUGUAUAUGACUGUUUUUAAACCUACAUUUUCGUUGAUUAUAUAUUUAAUAUUUUAACUUUUAAUCAGAUCUACACAAUCUUGAAUAUAAUCUUUGAUGUGCAAUCAAAAAUGAUUGUAUUUAUUGAUGCUACCGAAUUGUUCUGUAAUACAAUGUCAUACAUGAGUGCAACUUGAAUGUCAAUGGGGUGCAAUAAAUGUUGCAAUUUGGUUGUUUGUUCAAUUUUAUUUUUACUUCAACUGCCAGUAAUAGUUCAAACAAUAAUUACAUCCCACUUGAAUUGUUUUUUGUUACUCUAAUGUAAAAAUAUAUAUAUAUUAUUUUUUAAUUUAUUAUUAUUAUUGAUACUCUAAUGUAAACAGGGUCUACCUUGUCUUUCAAAGUUACGUUGUAGAUCUAUUUGGUGGUUGAAUUUGUUUUACACUUGAUAGUCUAAUAGCUGCAUUUCUCACUUUGAAGAUUUGUGUGAAUAAUUUGAAAAAAUGAAAAUUUUAAUUUAAGUAAUUUAACUUUAAUUUCAUUUUGAAAUCGAUUAUAUCUGUUCCCUAGUCAUUUAUUACUAUAGUUGUUCUGUUUUGUAUGUUGAUUUUAUUUAUAUUAAAGAAAUA